GGGCAGCUGGGGCGUGUUCCUGCCCGCUAACACCCGGCUCAGCGCGGCACUCAAGGGGCAGGACGGGACCCCGGCACCAGGGCAGAGGCCCCGAGGGGACGAGGCCACCAUGCCCAGGAGGGCACGGCCACAGCGGCGGCGCCCGGGCGAGAGCUACGAGGAGAGGAGCGAGCGGAGGCAGGAGGCCAGGGCGGGGAUGUGCCACCGGCACGAUGCCACCUCCUGCCGCCGCCCGGCGCCCCGCUCACCGCACAGCCCCCGCCAAAGGGAGUUCCUCAGGAGGAGGAACCUGCCCGGAGAGACCCUGCAGGGGCAGGAGCCCGAGGCACGAACCGGACCGAGCGCCCUGCUCCAGCACCCCAGCAGCUGCCCCACCUUCCCUCCUGCUCAGUCCCAGCUGAGCCUCAGCAGCGCCCGGGGACGAGGGGACCCUGUCAACACCCAAGGAACCCAGACCCUCCCAAAGCCCAGCUCAGCAGUGAAAGACUCCAGCCAGCAGACAGACUGGGGAAUUGCAGUUUUAAACAAGGAAAUGGUGCAGCUCUCCAACUACCUGAAGGAGGCUCUGCACCGUGAGCUGCUGCUCAAGCAGAAGAUGGUGAUUUUACAGGAGCUUUUGUCCACUCUGCUGCAGGCAUCAGAGAAAUCCUGGCAGGGUCAGCUGAAUGAAGACAAACUGAGGUGUAAACUACGGGUGCUGGAAAAUCAGCUGCAGGCCUGCACCCAGAGUUACUCAAAGGAGUGUGUGAAGAAGAUCCUGAUUGAGAUGGAGGACCAGAAGCAGACCUAUGAGCAGAAGGCAAAAGAGGCUCUGCAGAGGAUGCUGGAGGACAAACUCCAAACAGAGCAGCAGCUGCAAAACUCUCAGAGAAGCCUGGCAGAGACACGAGAGGACCUUGCCUUCUGGAAAGAGCACGACGCCACGCUGAAAGCCGAACUGACCAGCGUGACCACAGCACACACCGAGCUCAAAAACAGCUUCCAGGCCCUACAGAGCGAGCUCCAGCGGGCGGACUCGCAGAACGAGCGGCUGAGCCGGGAGCUGCAGGCGCUGCGGGCGGAGCGCGCGGAGCUGCUGCACAGAGCCAGCGCCCUGCGCAGCGACAACGACCGCCAGGCCGGCCACAUCCGCCACAUCCAAGAUAAACUGCAAAAAGAACAAGAGCAGAAGGUAACACUGGAGGAAACAAUCAGCCAUUUGCAGAACUUGAUCCACAACCAGAACAACCAAAGGAAGAGCCAGGAGGUGACCGUGCAAAGGAAAGACCAGGUUUUCACCACACAGACCCCACCUCUCACUCCUGCCAAGGAGAAACAAAACGCUCUGUUAGAGCACCCCGAGGAGGAGGAGGAGGGAACAGAAAGUCUGCAGGAUGAGAUGCAGAGAAGGACAUCCCAGCUCACAGCAAAGGAGGACGAGGUUCACCAGGAUGCUCAGGCAGCAGAGCCGGGCUGUGCCCUGCUGCGGGCGCAGCGCUGCAGCCGCUGCAGCAGCCCGGCCGCCCGGGGUGCCUGCAGCCCCCAGGGGACCCCUCCUGCUCAGGACCCCCCCUCGCUGUGCUGGCAGUGCUCGGAGCUGCGCUCGGAGCUGGAGGCGCUCAGCGAGGAGUACCAGUCCUGCCUGAGCCGGCUGCGCCAGUGCCGCGCCCAGCUCAGCCGCCCCCAGGGCGGCCCGGCACAGAGACGGCGCGGCCCCUGGAUCCCUCUCCUGGUGGCAGUGGCCGCAGUGGCCAUCGCCGCCUUCCUGGCGAGUUACAGGCUGUGAAGGAGCCCCCUGAUGACUGACUUCACUGCGGGAACUGACCUUUGCUUCACCAAAACCCCACCCCACCUUCUGCUGCUGUGUGUGUGCGCACGGCGUUGGUACCUGAGCUGGUCUCACUCCGGACAGGUCUCAGUGACCACGGGGACAUCCCCCCUGCCCUCGGCUGCUGUGGUUCCUCUGUUCCUGCUGGAGGCUGCACUGCCCUGAGGCACAGGGGGACAAAGCCCCUCUGGCUGCUGCUGCCAUGGCUGGCACAGGGUGAGAGGCACAGGGCAUCCCCUGCCCUUGGCAUCCAGCCUGCCUGGGUUCCAUGCCCCCCAAGUUCUCCUCCUGUAUUUAUUGCCUCCUUAAAUGGGAGGUACUCGAUCCUGAGCCAUCCCUACUCUGACCUGACAAAGAAAUCCAGCUCAGGGGGGCUCUUUAGCACAGCCCCCUCAUGUGUCCUGAGCAAUCCUACCCCACACCCACCAGGCCCUGUUCCUGUGGCCUCCAGCCUCUCUUGGGACCGAGCAUCCCCACAGCUACACCUGCUUCUCUUUCACUGCCAGCCCCACAUGAAUCCAUCAGAGACAGGGGUUUAAAGUCCCUUUUGCAGCUGCACCGUGCAGGUUUUACAGCAGCACUUGCCCUUCAUUCAUGUGCAGGCUCAGACACAACACAGGCCAUGACACCAGCACAUGGAAGUAAAUAGAACUGAAACAUACACGUAAUGUACACGUAGUAAAUACACACGGAGCCUACAAUAAACU